AUGUCCGACAAGAAUAGCACGUCGCGUAGUUGCCGUAGUUUACGACGAGAAGACCAGGACGCGAUGGAUUCUAAUGUCACACCAGCUAUCUUAUUGUCAGAUCAAAGCGGUAGUGGUCUAGGCUCAAGUACUAGUGGUUAUAAUACGCUUGGUAGUCCAGCACUACUUCAAUCGCCUCGACAAGUACGAAGCAAGAGUAAACGACGUGAGACGGAGAAGAUUCUAGACGAGGAUGAACUUGUGGAUUAUGCGUCACAAAACACACCGGCAUUUUCGACUGAUAGUGUUCAUACAGACGACAAUGUAUUGCGAGAAGUGUUUUUUAAUUAUCCACCGGGUAAUGCGGUAUUUGACAAGUGUUCCAAUGUCGUCGUAACGUCAAAAUACUCGCUUGUGACGUUUUUGCCCAAGUUUUUAAAGGAAUGUUUUACUAAAGUUGCCAACUUUUUCUUUCUCAUGGUCUGCGUGUUGCAGAGUAUUCCGAGCAUUAGCAAUACGUACGGUUAUCCGACAAACGCACCAGUCUUGUUCUUUGUGACGUCUAUUGAUGCAGUAUUUGCGGUCAUGGAAGACUUGCGACGACAUACAUCUGAUAAUGAAGCCAACUCGGCAAUAUGUCAUGUUGUUCAGGAUGGACAGAUUGUUGACCGGAAGUGGGCAGACAUAAAGGUUGGAGACUUUUUGCAAAUUCGUAAUCGAGAAGUGAUACCUGCAGAUGUGCUUGUGCUUGCGGUGGCGGAGCUUGCAGAUGAACCUGCGACCGGUAUUUGUUAUGUUGAGACCAAAAGUCUUGAUGGAGAAACAAACCUCAAAUUACGACAGGCUGUGGCUGCUACGAUGGACUCAUUGUCGAACACGGCAGAUCUGGGACGACUGCGCGGUGUCGUCAAAUGUGAACAGCCUAACCCGCACAUUAACAAAUUUGCAGGCAAAGUGGAAGUUACGGUGGGUGAUAAUGGUGGUGUCGAGGUCUUACCGCUGUCGGUCAAGAACGUGCUGCUACGAGGCUGUAAUCUGCGUAAUACGGACUGGGUAUUUGGACUUGUGCUUAACACGGGCAAGGAUACAAAGAUCAUGCAGAGUGCCAGUGCAGCACCGUCCAAAUGGAGCGACCUUAUGCUCAGCAUCAACCGCAUGAUCGUUGUGCUGUGCUUGGGACUGUUUGUGGCUUGCGCUGUGGCUGCUACUUGCUACAUCACAUGGCAAUACGAUAUUGUACGCAAUACGUGGUACAUUCAGCUGACGGAGGCGGAGAAAAACCGUUCGCGCCCUGUGGCGUUUGUCCAGAUGAUGUUUUACUAUUUUUUGUUGCUCUACCAGGUGAUUCCUAUCUCGUUGUAUGUGUCCAUGACGAGUGUCAAGUUUUUGCAGUCACGAUUCAUGUCGUGGGAUCUUGAUAUGUACCAUGCUGAAACCGACACGCCUGCAAUCGUGCGAACGAUGGAAUUAAACGAAGAGCUGGGUCAGAUCUCAUACAUUUUCAGCGACAAGACGGGCACGUUAACAUGCAACGUCAUGGAGUUUCGCAGGUGUUCCAUCAACGGCACUUCGUAUGGUUCCGGUAUGACGGAAAUUGGACGCGCUGCGCUGGUACGAGCUGGAAAGCCAAUCGAACCGGAGGCUAAGCUGGAUUCGAGCAUUAAGAAAAUGCCGUAUGUGAACUUUGUCGAUAAUGCACUGUUCGAAGGAAUGAAGGGCCGUGCCGGUGAAGAGCAACGGGAAAAGAUCUUGUUGUUUUUCGAGCACCUUGCUGUCUGCCACACAGUGAUUCCCGAAAAGCUAGAGUCUGGAGAAGUUCGUUUAUCAGCAUCAUCACCUGAUGAACAGGCUCUUGUGGCUGGUGCAGCCUUUGCAGGAUUCAAGUUUGAAAGCCGUAGUGUGGGAACGGCGAUAGUGGAGGUCCUUGGGAAACGUGUGACCUAUGAGGUGCUUGAGGUGCUUGAAUUUAACAGCACUAGAAAGCGCAUGUCUGUUGUCGUGCGCAAGCCAAAUGGGGAGCUUCUGCUUUACACAAAGGGGGCUGACAUGAUGAUUUAUCAGCGUUUGAAGGAUGACCCUGCAAUGGUGAAGCUCAAGAAUAUCACACGAGAUCACAUGGAGAAAUACGCUGACGAUGGUUUGCGUACGCUGGCGCUUGCCAUAAAGAAGCUUGAUGAGAGCUGGUUCCAACAAUGGAAGAAGCGUUUUGAUGAUGCUCAAGGUAAUGUGGCAGAAAUCGACCGACGCAAAGGUGGGAAGCCAAAUGCUAUUGAUGAUCUGAUGGAAGAAAUGGAGGAGGGACUGGAGCUGAUUGGAGCAACAGCAAUUGAAGAUAAACUGCAGGAAGGUGUCCCGCAAUGUCUGGCAAACUUGACGAGAGCAGGCAUUAAAGUCUGGAUGCUUACGGGAGACAAGGAAGAGACUGCUAUAAACAUUUCAUAUGCUUGUUCACUGCUGGACAACUCGAUCCAGCAAGUUGUUUUGAAUGCCACCACAUGUCCGGAUGAAGCAACGCUGCGCGCAAAAUUAAAUGCAGCAGCUCGUGAGUUUAUGGAAAAUGCCAAAAUAAUGGCAGGUGGAACUGAGAAGGAAACCUCGUUGAUCAUUGACGGUGAGGCAUUGGAGAUGGCUCUUCGUCCCGGAACGGCGCCGCAUUUGCUGUCGUUUGCCAAGUUAUGCCGCGCUGUGAUCUGCAACCGUGUCUCACCAGCUCAAAAAGCAGAGAUGGUGAGACUAGUUAGGGACAAUAUCACUACGGUACGGACUCUAGCUAUUGGUGAUGGGGCCAACGACGUUGCUAUGAUCCAAGCUGCUCAUGUCGGUGUGGGUAUUUCAGGACAGGAAGGUAUGCAGGCAGUGAACUCGAGUGAUUACGCCAUUGCCCAGUUUCGCUUCCUCGAACGGCUGCUGCUGGUCCACGGACGUUGGAAUUACAUUCGCAUUUCCAAGCUUGUGUUAUACAUGUUCUAUAAAAACAUUACACUUGUCUUAGCGCAAUACUGGUACGGGUACCUAUCGGGCGCUUCUGGUUCUAAGAUGUACUGGGAAAUUGGUGUCCAGCUGUAUAACAUUGCAUUUACGGGUCUGCCUAUUGUCGUGGUGGGUGUGCUGGACAAAGACCUGCCAGCGCCAUUCAGCAUCGAGUACCCAGAUUUGUACCGUCGUGGUCCAGAUCGCUACUUCUUCAACAUGUACACGUUCUUUCGUUGGAUCGCUGCAGCUUUCUAUGAAUCGCUUGUGAUUUUUGUGGUAAUGUCUUACGGAUUUAAUGCGUCAGACCAGGCUGCAGGCAGUGAGUCUCGAGUGGAAUUCGGCAUGAUUGCCUUUUCGCUGACGGUGUUGAUCGUGAACAUCAAGAUUUGGAUGAUUGCUGAUCGCUGGACAGUCCUGUCAUUUUCAUUAUGGUUUGGCAGUGUCAUGUCAUGGUUUGUUUUCGUGACCAUAGGGACCCAGACUCCGUAUUUUGCGACGUUUAAAGUCGGUUACGACGAGUUUGGUGCAUUUAUUCCCACUGCGACAAAUUGGGGAUACUUAUUGGUGUUGAUCAUGGGAUGCUCUUUAGCUCUCGGUCGUCACAUUGCCUAUAAUCUUUACCAGCGAACGUUCCAUCCUGAUCUUGCUCAACUUCUUCAAGAAUCAAUGCGAAAUGCAAAGUACAAGCGCCGUCUCACUAUAAACCACAUGGAGGAGCAAACCUUGUCCAUGUCAUUGGAUGAUGUCCAUACAAACGGUUGCUUGAGCGAUUUUGGCCACACGGAAACUGAAAUUGUCAAAGCUCAGCACCCUCAAAUCUUUUCGUCAACCAUGUGCGACCAGCAGGCAAACAAGAGUCUAAUGAGCACAACUGGUACAUCAGCAGCAUCUGCCACUUCUGGCGUCACCGAAAGCUAUUCAGCCAGUGUAUAUAGCGAAUCAAUACCGGAAGAGGCGACGUGGAGUUGUGCUCCAACACGAAUGUUUUCUUCAACGACUAACCGUCGUACUGCUGGCUAUGCCUUUAGUUGCGACGAAGAGACGACGCUUGCUGAGUCUCAAAUUGCGUCGAAUUCGUUGCCACGUUCCGAUGCUGCUUUAGCAGCCAUGCGCAUGUCAAGUACUAGCUCCAUGGGAGGAGGAGGAGGAUCGAGAGUACAUCAUGUCCUCUAG